AUGGAAGCUAAUAUCCAGUACACAAAAGUUAUCAAGGCAAUGCAGGCAGAGAUUAACCACCUGAAGAAAGAGAAUCAAGCCCUCCAGAUGAAACUGACUUUGAGUGGUCAGAGAGCUCGGAGCUCAGGAGAAGAAUCUGGAGACGAAUGGGAAGAGGAUGAGGCUGAACAAUGUCUAGCCACCACUCAGCAUGCUAUUUCUACUGAUGGGGCACAAGCCAUGCCAGGGCACCAAGGCAAUGUCAUGAUUGUUCGAAGGUAUUUUAUUUCUUCAUCAGUUCAUUCCUUUGGUGCCAAUGAUGCCCGGAAAGCUGGGAAAAGACAUCUGGACACCAAAGUCCUACGAGCUCCAGCAACUGUUAAACCCUUGGGAUGUUCUUCAAUUGAGAAGGAAGACAGUGAGGAAAAUAUGUUUGCAGAAGAUUCUUGUCUGAGCAACAGUUCCAGCCAAGAAGCCUCUCCUGAACAUGCCUUUGGCUGCAGGGAAAGGACAAAGACAGUCAGUUUCCUGUUACCUAUGGAUAUGUCUUCCUAUUCCAAAACUUCAAACUCUUUGAAAUGCUCACCAAGCGACAGCCCAAAGCAGCUAAGUAUCAUUGCAGAAUAA